AUGGAUAGUUUCGACAAACUUGGAGAAACGUCUCUUCGGCCAAAGAGCAAAUUCUUCAGCAAGCUAAACAACGAUAACAUCAGCGAUGCGAAUUAUGAAAGGGCGCAGAAUGUGUGGAACGUCUUCGAUAUGAAGACCAUGAGGGAUUACCACGACCUGUACCUGAAAACGGACGUCCUACUCCUAGCGGAUGUGAUGGAAAAUUUUAGGAAGGUCUGUAAGACGAACUACGGACUGGAUCCAAUGUGGUACUACACAGCACACGGACUAGCCUGGGACGCUGCGCUAAAGUUGACGAAAGUGGAAUUGGAGCUUAUUUCCGAUCCGGACAUGUAUCUAUUUAUCGAAAAGGGUAUUCGCGGUGGAAUCAGCACCAUCACCAAAAGGUAUACUAAAGCAAACAACAAGUACAUCGGACUCUCAAAUGUUCCAGAAUGUGUCAUCCAAUGUCUAAAAAAUUAG